AUAAAAUAAAUAAAUAAAUAUAAGCAUAGAUUUUUAUGUCUUUAAACUUUUAAAAUUCUCUUUAAUUUAUAAAUUUCUAGCCAUUUUUUGCUUAGAUUAUCUUCGUUGUCAUAGUGAUUAGUAUCUGAGGAUGAACCUCACUAAAAAAGUGUAUUUAAAGAAAGGCAUUUUUAGAGCCUUUUUUUUGGAGAAUAUACAUUAUAAAAAGAAUAUUUAUAAGCCUUUAAAUAUAUAUAAUGAAUCUUUGUGCUUUUUUUCCGGAAAAACCUGCUUGAUUUCAGGUGGAUCAAGAGGAAUUGGUUUUGGAAUUGCACAAAGAUUUGCAAAAGAAGGAAAUCGUUGUAUUUUAGUUUCUCGUAAUGAAAAUAAUUUAAAAACUGCUAUUUGUUCUCUUCCUUUUAGCCAGAAUCAUCAAUAUUAUUGUUUGGACGUUAGAAAUCCUUAUCAGUGGGAACAACUUGCUAAAAAAAUUGAUAAGCUGCACGUACUUGUAAAUGCAGCUGGUAUAUCGCAGUAUUCUUUUCUCCCUAGAAUUUCUGUGGAAGAGAUCAAAAAUAUCAUUUCAACAAAUCUUUUAGGAUCUAUAUAUUCAUGCCGUGUAUUUUUACAACAUUUUCUCAAGAAUAAGGGUGGCUCAAUUAUUAAUAUUUCUUCCUCCAUAACAUUAAGUGGAGGUUCAGGUGCUACAGUCUAUGCAGCCUCAAAAGCAGGAAUAUCAGGGUUUACGAAGGCAUUGUCUGCAGAAUGGGCAUCUAAAGGAAUUAAGGUGAAUGCAAUUUCACCGGGCUAUGUUGAUACAGAUAUGUUAAAUCAAAUGAAGAAAGAAAUACGAGAUUCAGCUUUAUUAAGUAAUCAUAUGAGAAGAUUGGGAAAUAUAGAAGAAAUAGCAUCAGCAGCUUUUUUUCUUGCAUCUAAUGAUUUUAUAACAGGAACUACACUGUACAUAGAUGGUGGUAUUUAAAAAUGUGUGUUUUCAUAUACAAUCUAAUAGAACAACAUCGCUGUCAUCGUCAUCAAUAAUAAUAGGAUCCAUUUUAGUUUUUUUAAGAAUUGAAUUAGAUUCUGAAUCUAGGUAAUCUGAUUUUCUUUUUUUUAAAGCUUGAAAAUCAUUAUCAUUAUUAUUUUCAUUAGUUAUAUCAUUUUUCUCAGCUUCAUGAUUAUAUGAAUGCCUGGGUAUUGUAAUAUUUAACAUGGAAUAUGGUUUUUCUGUGUUUUUGAAUGUCCUGAAUAUAUUAAAAAUAUAAAUAAUGAAAAAAAAAACAAUACUUUUCUUUUAUUACUAAUAUUAAGUUUUUUCUGUUUAAUUUUUCAUUAUCAUCUUCAUCAAUAAUAGUUAAAAAUGUACCAUUUUGAACUCCAAUGUCC